AUGACGGAGAACGGCAGUCGCGACGGCUCUGAAACAGAAACAAAGCAGCUCCAGGCUAACGCCACGACGGAGUACUGCUCAAAGUUGCAGCGGUGGAUGUGGGAGUAUUACUGGGGACAUGCUAGCUGGCAGAGCUGGGCGGCUCUGUCAGCCUUCCCCUUGCCACCGCCGAGCUCUGCCGCUCAGACACCGGCUGCUCAUUCUUCCAUUCCCGCCAGCGGACAGCAAGCGUUUGAGCCCGGGAACUGGUUCGGCUACCCGUACGCUUUCAGACACCCGGGGUCCUCGACUCCUUACCCGGGUGGUCUGCAGGCGGAGCAGCGCUCAGCCGCGACCGAUGUGCGGCAGCAGAACGGAAGUCCACCACAAGCAGGACGAGAGUACACCAUCCCCUCCCCUCUUCAGAGAUUACUGGCUGAGACGGUGGAUUUCUUCAUCCUGUUUUGUGUGAAGGCCACCAUCGUCUUAUGGAUCAUGCAUCUCUUCGGAAUGAAGGACAUUGCCAAGUUUAUCACCCAUUUCAUCAUUGAGGAGAUCGAUGAGAACACGUCCAUCGAGGACCUGCAGAAAAUGAUGGCGGUCGCUUUGGUUUACAGAGUAUUGGUCUGCGUUUAUGAGACAAUCUGCAUUUGGGGCGCCGGAGGUGCGACUCCAGGGAAGUUCCUGCUUGGUCUGCGGGUGGUGACAUGCGACACGUCCACCAUGGUACGGCCCAACCGCAUUUUUGUGGUUCCAGCAUCUAAUGUUUCUCUGUCGGCCUCCACUGUGCGAGCGUUGAACAAGAACUUCUCCAUCGCUUUUCUCUUUCCUGUCUUCAUCACGCUCCUCUUCUUCCAGCACAACAGGACAGUUUACGACAUUGUGGCCGGGACCAUAGUGGUCCAACGCAGAGGGGCCUAAAAGGUUGCCCCCUUAACCCCAACCUCCUGUUUCUCAGACUCGGUCACUGCUGCAUGUCAAAGAGUGAUUGUUCUGUUUUUCAUCAGGAUUCACCUAAUUUAUUUUACAUUAAAAUUUUAUUGCACUGAAAGGAAUAAUGGGUCAUAACAUCUCUACACUGAAGUUGGGCUAUGCUUUAAAAGGACACAAAUACAGAUGUGGUAGCAGAAUAUUAAGUUAAAUGAAAUGAAAGGCAAGUGAGGAUUUCAGUUUUCUUAUCAAGUGUCAACUGAAAAAAGUCUCUUUGGUUCUUUAAGGCAAAAAUAUAUGCAAAGUCAACCUUUUUUUGUUUUAAAAUCUGUUUUCAAACAUCUACAUAUGAUAUGGAUAUUGUCUUUUUGUAGCUGUUGUGGUAUUAAUGCCAAACAAUUUACUUUUGCCUAACCCUAAAUAUGCAACUUUCAGGUCAAAUCGGAAGAUGUAUUGUUUGAUCAAGCUAUUUAUUUCAUGCUUUAUGAGUAAAAAUAGGCAGCAUUGAAUACAUUUAAAAAUAUACUUAAGUAAAAUAUAAAAUACAUCAGCAGGACUGAUCGCACACCAGGCCAAUCCAACCUUUUAUGUCUCCAGAUUUGUUAGCAGAGCUGCUGUUUGCUCCAAAGUUGUUCAUGCAGACCAAAAUGCAAAAUAUCUGCACACAAAAUGUAAUAUAUUGCACAUACUUUUGGUUUCUUGAUUCAACAAAGAAAAUUGUCUUGCUCUGUGACUGAGCAGCUGUUUGGAUGGCCUCUGAAGUAUUAAGAUUGUUUUGUAAAUUAAGAAAGGGUUGCAGUGAAGCGAUGUUGCGUAAUCUGUCAGUAUGUAGGUUUUUUUCUUUAUCUUUUGAGUUAGGAGACAAUUUAUCAUGUUGUUUCUUUAGUAACUCUGCUCAUAUCUAAAAUAUCAGUUUGGUUAGAUUUUUCUUUAUGGAUUCUUUUCCUAUUCUUAAAGUCAGUGAUUUUAUAUAUAUAUAUAUAUAUAUAUAUAUAUAUAUAUAGUGCAUUCAUACUGUUGCUAAAAACAAAAAGAAAAUGUCCAUUUAUUGUGCCUAUGGAUGAUUUGAACUGCUUUGAUUUAGUGAAAGUUUCUAUGUUAUAUUAUGCAUAGUUUGUAAGUUACAAAAAAGUCAUUUUGUGACUCAGGGCAACUUGUUAGCAUUGACAAUAUUUUAGUUAAUAUUAAAUGUCAUUUCUGUAUAUGAAUAAUAUGAGAACAUUCUGGUAUUAAAGUACUAUGCAGUAAAUGGAUUUAAUCCAUGCAAGAAGUAUAUUUGUGUUUACAUUGUCCCACCAAUGGAUGUCUUUACCUGGACUUACCCUCCAAUCACACUAAAAUGUAAGCAAUGCAAGAUUUUAGAUUAAAAUAAUCCAUAUAAAUUAACUAUUUUUAAGAAAAAUCUGGUCACAUAUGUUAAGUACUAGUGUAUAAAUGAUUUUCCUGUUUCUCUUCCUAUGUUUUUCAUUAUUAACUGUCUGGCCAAAAAAAACAACGUUCAAACAUUAAUAUUUUGUUGGGUUGCCUGAUUACGACAUGCAUUUGCUGUAGCAUUAUUUUGAUGACCUUGAGCAAUGUUAUGAGAUUUAUUCCCAUUUGCGUUAUUAUUUCACCAAGAUCUUGUAUUGAUCUUGGUGAAAUAAUAAUCUUGUAUUGAUUAUGAGAGUCAGUCCAUUGAGUUCCCUGCACAUUUUGUGUGUAUGGCAAUACUCUUACUCUCACCGUUAAACACAGCCCUGACUCUACUGUUUUUUUGUUUUUUUUCUGCAGUUUGAUUUCACCAAACAUUUAAAUGAUCGCUGAUCAUUUGGGGAGUUUUCUGACUAUAUUUCUUUCUUGAUGACGAUGGUCUUCCAAUUUCUAAUAAUGCGUUGGACAGUUUUAACCCAACUUUAGUUGUGCGAUCUUUUUAGUUUUCUCUGCUUGAUACCAGCGAUGCGACUCUUAAACAAACAUCUUUUCCAUGACCACAGGAUGUGUCAUUAGGCACGGUUGUUUAAGAAAUGAGAAGUUACUUUACAGCAGUUGGGGUUAAUUAACUUGUUGCUAGCUGGAAAAUAAGCGCCAGCGCUGUAAUUAUCCAAUAGUCGGCUCAUAGUGGUUUGCUUAAUGAAAUUCAGAUGGUGACUAGUUUUUUGGUUGUUUUUUUUUUUUUUUUUUUACCCAGCCCUAAUGUCAAUGUCUGGCUAAUAAAGUCAAUUAAGAGUGACUUUAUACUGACCAAACCACAUAACAAGGAGCAUAGUUGUUUAUGGCAUUGUAUUUUAUGUAUAUUUAGAGCUAUAAAUUUGUUUUACAAGUUCUUGGUGAAGAGUCAGUGACCGUUUUCAGAUAUAAAAGAAAACUGUUAAAAGAUGUGCCGUCUUCUCCCUGCUCUCGCACUUAUAUAGCCUCACCACAUGGGGGCAGCAGAGGUCAGAACAAGCCAGACUCUACAAACUGCUCCUACAAAAAAUGUAAAAUCUCCGUUUGUGUAUUCAUAUAUUGGGCAGUGUUGGCAUUGCCUCACUUGAGACUGAAAAAUUUAACCUUUCGGCCUUUUAUUCAACUGAACCAACAACUUCUACUGCAUGUUUGCUGUGACUCCACGCUGUAGACUUUCCUUUUCAGCAAUGCUUUAUUGAUCCCAAAGGGAAAUUAAAUGUUCUUAUUCAUAAUUCUAGGUUCUUCAGAGUUUCUGUAGAUUGCUGGCUAUUGACAGAAAGGAUCCAGGUCCUUUCCAUCAGUAGAGGAUCCCCUGUAGCAGUCAGUAUUACAGUGAAUUUAAAAAAGGCCUCCGACUGAAGACACAUUUGUUUUUUAUAUGGCAGUCUCAUUAAGAGAAUGCUCAAGAUUUUCUUGAUUUUAUGUAAAAUUAUUCUUUGCAUCCUCUCCUCUUAGAGGCUCCACAGUAAUACCCAGAACAGAACCAGCUUUCUUUAGCACUUUGCUUAGCCUUUGGCUAAGACUUUGGCAAGAGAUGACACAACAGACUUAUAGAAGAUAUGCAACAUCUUGCUGCAAACAUUGAAGGAUCUAAGCUUUCUCAAGAAGUACAGCCCACUCUGUCAUUCCUGUAUAAAGGAGAGCAUAAGUGUCUAUUUUGGUGGCAAUGGAUCACAUAAAUUUUGUUUGAGAAAUGUGUUUAUGGUUAUAAUGUCACAAAAUGCAGUUCUGUACUUCAUGCAUUUUCUAAGUUUAAAUUUGGUUUCAUUCCUUUGGGAAACUAAAUGUUUUACUUAUGAGUUGUUUUCAAAUUUUGUUUAAUUAUAACAGAAUAAAUUCAAUGUCACUGCAAGGAAGUGACAUACUUCUCUUUGCAUCCAUGAACAAUGACUGUUACAGUGAGAGGUGAAGCAAAAAAAACUUUUCCGCAACUUUCUAAUGUUAAGUGUAACAAAGUGUAUUUUAACAGUUUGUUUGCAAAUAACGCUUUCUAGCUUCAGUCAUUUUAUAUGGGGAGACAAUCUAAACUGUUACUAAAUAGUAAGACAUAUUUGUAACUCUUGUAGUUAAAGUGAAAAAAAAAAGUUUAUGUUUGAAAGUUGUAGAGUUGGAAUCUUUUGAUUUAGGGAAGAUAUGAAUUAAUGAAUAACUUUUAACCCUGAACCCUGUUUUUAAGGAGUUUUUCCUGUUCCAAAAUGCUGUGGAGUUGAAUUUUUAUGAGCUGCAUGUCAGAUUAGCCUGGAGUGUAUUUUACAUUAAGUUCCCAGUAGGAAGAUGUAAAGGCUUGUUGGGGUUUCCUCUGAAUGGUUGUAUUUAAACAGCAAGCAUUAAUCAAGGGAGCUGGUAAUCAUUAGCCUCUUGCUGCUUUUCUCACUCCAGCAUGCACAAGAAUAACGCGAGACACAGAGGCUUUUAAAGUUUUUAUGAACUCGUGUUUUUGUAUUUUCCAUUAUGCUUUGGUGCUCUCUUGCAUAUUUUUUUCUUUUGGAUUUUUUAUUUAUGUUUUUUUUUUGGAAUUGAAGCAAUAAUUUAUGUGUUCUCUUGCACUGUUUACAGGUAUAAAACAAGGGAAUCUUAUGUUUUACUAAUUUCUUGAUGAAAUCUUCUAUGAAUACUGAGUAAUAUUAGUUUUAUUAGUUCUUAAAAAAUCUUAAAGUUCCUUUCAAUGGCUUCAGGGCAUGGGGGAAAUUAGUUCUCUGCUGUAUAAUCCCUGUGUGUGUAGAGAAGCUCUCCAAACAUCGUGCAUGAUUUUUAGAAGUUCAUUGUGGCAUUUUUGUCCUUCGGUUGCAAGUUUUUGUGCUGAGAGUCAUGAGUUGUUCUUCGUGCCAGAAAGCUGAGAGGGGCUCUGCGAUUAUUACGCCUCGAGUGGCUUUAAUACAAAUUUCACAGAGCAGACGGGGAAGGGAGAGAGAGAAAGCAACAGAAAGUGGGAGACACUUGGAUUAAGAGAGAGACAAAAGCCCAAGAGGAAGAAAGGGAUUGGAACUGGGAGUUCAAAACGAGGGGAGUUGAGGAUGGGAAGAGAAGUGGAGGCAAAAACAGAGAAAGAAUGGAAAGAAGUGAGCGCGAGCGUGAGAGGCUAAGGGACACCAUGCUUGAAAAUUCUCUCUGAUCUUUGAGCCUUGGGACCGGAGGCGAUGGAAUACCCCGCAGAACUCUAUUAAAAUUCAACCAGCUUCACUUAAGCCUUCAGUUAUUAUAGAAUAGAGGCCCUUCACAGCUCAGCUUUCUGUGUUUGGUCUCUGUUGCAUGCACUGAGUUAACACUUGCAAAGAAGUAAGGAUGUCUUUUCUGCACAAAAAGGUGAAUUUGAAAAAAACUAGUGAGAAAGGCAUAGAGUUUGUCGUUCAGGUAGCCACCGUGGAAUUUUGCUCAACAUUUUGACUUUACAAAUAAGCACUGAUCCAUAAGAAUAUAUUUGCAAAAGCGGAGUGUGGCUCUGUUUUAUUAUAAUGUUGAUGGCUGGGUGAACAUUUGUUACAGUUAGUAACAAGACACUGUGUUAAAGCAGAGCUCAGAGCAGCGCCAACACCAUAAAGCUAAUCAUGUUCAUUUCAUAAAUUAUCUAAGCUAAUUCUUGCCUCUUGGCAAAACAAGAAAGCUCUAAGGGGAUUUAAAGCAGUAUCUUGACUUCUGAAGCAAUGGUUCAUAGAAGUAGAAAGGUUUAACUUUAUAUGAAAAUAAAAUUAGGUUGAAUGAAACUUGUAAGUGUAGCAGAACUGAGGUUUAGGGCAAACAUCAUAGGAAUACGUAGGAAUAAACAUGGGGGGAGGAUCCUAAUUUGUUCCUUAACAGAAACCAUAUUUUUGCAAUACAUUUUAUUGAAAAAAAAAUAAAGGUUUAUCUUUUCAGACUUUUCUUUUUUACAUUUUGUUACAUUUCCUGUGGUUUUAACAUUCAGAUGUCUAAAAAUGUUGAGAUAAAAAGAAACAGAUGGGCUUUUGUAUGGCGUCCAAUUGCUUUCUCAAAACUCAGCAACAUGAGUUUUGCUUGUACUCCGAAGGUCAGAGUUCAGGGUUCUGUACGUGAUGUCAUCAUUCUUCUGUGACUUCUCUUGUUUCUCGGGUCUCAUGGGCAAGUAUUCAAGUUUCUUUUAUGGUUUCUUCCAUACCUGCGUGUCCACGCGAGGUUGCUGGUGUCCAUCUCCAGCAGUCUUUGGACUAGAGGUGGGGUACACCCUGGACAGGUACCUCAUCCAUUGAAGGGCAACUCAGACACACACACACACAUGCACCCCCCCACACACAGGAGAGUAACUGCGCGCACACACUCAUGAGGUCAGGUUAGAGAGACCAAUUAACCUAACAGUCAUGUUUCUGGACUUUGGGAGGAACUGGGAGUACCCAGAGAAAACCCCGGCUUGCGCAAAACAAACACAAAACCUCCAUCCUCAAAGAGCCCAGGUCGGGAUUUGAACCCAGGACCUUCUGAGUGCAAGGCAACAGAGCUACUCUGCCUCCUUUUAGUCUAAUUCUCAUCUACAAACCUGU